UUUAUUCUCUCAACAUAAUUAAAAUUUAAAUAAGUUUUUUUUUAUAUACGGUGUCCCUUAUACAUUUAUUGACACAAGUAAUAAAGCAUUUUUAUUUAUUUACAAUUUUAUUUUAAUUACAUGGAAAUUUGUAUUUAGCUUUGUGAUACAGAGGAAACAUUUUUUUUUUAAUGAGUUGUUUUGUUUGUGCUUGAUUCUUAUCGGUUUUGUGAAAGUAGUGUUACAGUACUCAGUUCAGUGGUGACCUGUGACUGACUUCAUGACUAAGAAGACUGAGCAUGGUGUUGCUGGCGGCACAUCAGAGUGAACCUGAUGGCACCACCAGUAGCUGUUGUUUCGAGGUGUUGCUGUUUUCACCAGACGAGACCAACCAGCUGAUGGCCGCCUACAGCCUAGCAGAUGUUAAGGGCGAUCGCAGCGCCUGAGGGGAGGACGCGGCGGCCGGCGGAAGCUGCUGGCGGGCGGGCAACUCCCCUUCCUCGGCGACGACAGUGAGUGCGCAGCCCGCGGCCAGGGUCGCAGCUCGAGGACUCCUGCGCGCCCAUCCCCGCGCGCACGGCCGUGGCAGGUGGCGCAGCCCGCGCGCUCGGCUCACACCUGCAGUCUCGCGCCGGGCGCAACUCCGACCCACUUCUGCUCAGGUGUCACUGAUGCGUACAGAGUGUUGAUGGGCCUAACACACAGAAGAUAUGAGGCCCACUUUGAUUUUAACCAUUGCAAUACAACUGACCAUUAUGACUGGUGUACUUGUAGAAAUCGCAGAAUCUUCAGAUCACUCCAUGUUUUCGACAAGCCUCACCUUCAAUGACAUUCUUCCAGAGGACCCAAAACUAUAUGACAAAAUGAGGCCACCGAAGAAAGAUGGAAGUCCUACUGUAGUACAUUUUCACGUGACUGUAAUGGGUCUUGACUCCAUAGAUGAAAAUGCCAUGACUUAUGCAGCAGAUAUAUUCUUUGCUCAGACUUGGAAGGACAACCGAUUGCGGCUACCGGAAAACAUGACAUCAGAAUACAGAUUACUGGAGGUGGAGUGGUUGAAGCAUAUGUGGAGGCCGGAUUCAUUUUUUAAGAAUGCAAAAGCUGUUACAUUUCAGACAAUGACAAUUCCUAACCACUAUCUUUGGCUUUACAAAGAUAAAACAAUUCUCUACAUGGUAAAGUUAACACUAACUUUGUCAUGUGCGAUGAACUUCAUGAUCUAUCCACAUGACACCCAGGAAUGCAAAUUGCAGAUGGAAAGUUUGUCCCACACUACGGAUGACAUGAUUUUCCAGUGGGAUCCUGAUGUUCCUCUUGUAGUAGACGAAAACAUAGAGCUCCCACAGUUGCAACUUGUGAAAAACUCAACUGCUGACUGCACGCAAGUGUACUCUACAGGUAACUUCACAUGCCUUGAGGUCGUAUUUGUACUGAAACGUCGCCUUGGGUAUUAUCUCUUUCACACCUAUAUACCUACGUGCUUGAUAGUAAUAAUGUCAUGGGUGUCGUUCUGGAUCAAGCCUGAGGCGGCCCCGGCACGAGUCACCCUGGGCGUCACGUCUCUGCUCACGCUGUCCACGCAGCACGCCAAGUCACAAGCAUCGCUGCCUCCAGUGUCCUACCUGAAGGCGGUGGAUGCUUUCAUGUCCGUCUGCACUGUUUUCGUGUUCAUGGCCCUUAUGGAGUACUGCUUGGUGAAUAUAGUCCUGGGAGACAACGAGGGACCAAGACUGCCUGUUGAGCCAUCAAAACCAGACAAAAUAUUUGACUUAGCAGCAAAAGAGAACUCGCGGCUGCUGACGGGCCAGCCCGUGGCUCCGUGCCGCACGCUGCCCACGGCGCAGAGGGACAGGACCCGCGCCAUCAACAUAGAUCGAUUCUCUAGAGUUUUCUUCCCUCUGCUGUUCGCGGUUUUGAAUGCCACGUACUGGGUCAUGUUUGCCGAGUUUUUGUAACUGUGGCCUGUUUCGACUGAGCGGUGACAACGCAUCAUGAGCAGGAGCGUACGCAGAAUUUCAUUCCGAUAAGUGGGUGGGGGAUCUCCACCCCUCUGCCCGCCCCCCUGCGUACGCCUUUUAUCAUGACCGAGAUCAAACAACGUUCAUGUUCAUAGAGCCUAUAACGAUAAUUUUUCAUUCAAAAAAUAAUACCAAUUCGUUAUUAAAAGUAUUCAAGUGAACGACUAUCGCAAGGUCAGAUUUUUUAUCACCAUCCAAAUAUACUCUGAAAAGCCAAAUUAACUUUCGUACUAACACGUGAAUAAAUAACUAUGUUUUACAACUGGCUGCAAAUCAAGGAAUAAAUUAACUAAACAUAACUACUUCAAUAUGUUUAACAUGAUAAUUAUGUUAAAUGGAAAGCCAUAUUAAUGAGGUUCUCCAAGUAUUUAAGACAGUCUAUUAUAUCAAAUUUAUAAUAAACGUGUUAAAAAAUUUAAAUUUUUGUCACAUUAAAAAAACCUUAAUUAGUUCAUAAUAUAUUAUGGCAUAUCCAUUUCUAUUCAACAUAUAACGGUAUUUCCGUGAAAAUUUAAUAAAUAAUUAUUUAAUUUGAAAAUGUUUACAAUAAUUUCAAAGUUCAUCCUUUCAGGUGGUCAACAUAUAUUAACCACUGCUGUAUUCUUCUCUCGUCUAACCCAAUUGAGUUCUCCAAGUUCCGAAAGACGUAGAAUCUAACAUUAUUUACCAUUUAUUUAAUGGUAUUUGUUUAUGAAUAGUUAAGGCAGUCUUAUUUUUGUGGUUCCUUUUCUGAAAAUCCGCCACAUUACAUGGGCGGAAAAUUGAAAUUCUAAUAUCGGACUUACUGUAUGGGCAUUCAAAAAGCCACUUCUUACACGGUGUUCAUAAACUGACUAUCAGGGCAGAGUUAAACUCUAAGACCGGGGCUACAUGAGAAUGACGCUCAGCAAUCACGAGCACAUGUUACACGACAUACGUUACGCAUAUGUAUCAUUGACUUUCCCAAAAUACAAUCGAAAUUGAACUCUAUUUCAUGUUACUAAAUACCUGGAUACAAAUUAAACAGAAACUUGUCAAAAACAAAAAAAAUAAACAUUUUAUUAUCAUCUACAAUUUGUGCAUUAUUGGAUUUUUGUAAACGGUAAGAUAUUUUAUUUCAAUUAGAUGCGAAGCUGUAAACGUGGUUGCAAAUCCAACGUCACUUCUGGAUCCACUUGAAUAUGCUGCUUGCACAUAUUUGUUAGUUGUUCUACUAUGUGUGUUUUCAUGUAAGUUUUUCAAGAAACCCCCACAGCAUAUCUAUGACAUAGUUAUCAUUAAAUUGUCUGUCCUGAAACAUAAAAACUUUUGUGAAGUUGAAGUCUUUUUGUUCCUGGUUAAUUAUUCUGAUUAUUCUUAAGGUUUUGUAGCAUAGAACCAAACAGAAUUAAAAAUAUAUAUAUCUAUUGUUUUUUUAAUUGUAUUUGUGUAUAACACUUCAGCAUCACAUAAAAAGAAAAUUAUGUUAUUUUAAACUGAUGAUGCAUGUACUUUCACAGAUAAAUCUUUGCUUUUGAACUGCAUUAUUAUUUCCAAUAAAUUACAAAUAAAUCCAUUA